ACAUUCUCUUUCCCUGUGUCAGUACAGGGAUCGUUUUUUUUCCUUCCUCUACUCCCUCCCUCUGCCUGCCCCUCCCUCCCUGUCUCCCUUCCCUCCCUCCCUCCCCUCUCGACUGGGUCGGUCUGCCGAGGUGCCGGAUCCCCUCACGGCUGGGACGAGCCGAACUCCCGGCAGGAGUCCGCUCUUCGGAGCCUGGUCCCUCCCUUCCCCUUCCCUGCCCCCUUCCCCCACCCCCGACGCGGGCUCCGCGCGGCGGCCAGAGGAACCCCGAGCUGCCGGCCCCGGUCCCUGAGUCGGAGGGAUGGAGAACUCCUCGGCAGCGUCAGCCUCCUCAGAGGCGGGAAGCAGCCGCUCCCAGGAGAUCGAGGAGCUGGAGCGCUUCAUUGACAGCUACGUGCUGGAGUACCAGGUGCAGGGGCUGCUGACCGACAAGACAGAGGGUGACGGCGAGAGCCAGAGGACACAGUCCCAUAUCUCCCAGUGGACGGCUGACUGCCGAGAACAGCUGGAUGGUGGCUGUUCCUUCCCCAGAGGGCGAGCUCCGCCACAGCAGAAUGGCAGCAAAGACAACUCCCUGAACAUGCUGGGCACAGAUAUCUGGGCCGCCAAUACCUUUGAUUCCUUCAGUGGUGCCACCUGGGACCUGCAGCCUGAAAAGCUGGACUUCACCCAGUUCCACCGAAAGGUCCGCCACACACCCAAGCAGCCCCUGCCACACAUCGACAGAGAAGGAUGUGGAAAGGGGAAGCUGGAAGAUGGAGAUGGGAUCAGCCUGAACGACAUUGAGAAGGUCCUCCCAACCUGGCAGGGCUACCAUCCGAUGCCCCACGAAGUAGAGAUUGCACAUACCAAGAAGCUGUUCCGAAGGAGGAGAAACGACCGAAGACGGCAGCAAAGACCUCCAGGAGGAAACAAGCCCCAACAGCAUGGUGACCAUCAGCCAGGCAGUGCCAAACACAACCGGGAACACCAGAAAUCCUACCAGGGGGGCUCAGGGCCCCACCCCUCAGGGAGGCCCACGCACCACGGCUACAGCCAGAACCGACGCUGGCAUCACGGCAACAUGAAGCAUCCACCGGGAGACAAGGGAGACGCGGGCAGCCACCGCAACGCCAAAGAGACCGCGGCCGUUGAGAACCCCAAGCUUGAAGACGGCCCAGGAGAUGCUGGACACGGUGGCCUUGAGCCCCCCUGCAGCCCCGACACUCUGACCCCAGCAGCUUCCGAGAGGCCGGCUCCUCAGCCUCCGAGGAAUCCGGAGGCUGAGACAAAGCAUAAAGACACUGCUCCGUCUGAGCGUCUCGGGGAGCGGCCCAAAAUCACCCUGCUCCAGUCCUCCAAAGACAGGCUGAGGCGAAGGCUGAAAGAAAAGGUACCGGACAUCCCGAAUCCCACUGAGACUUCAGCUCCACUGAGGUGUGUUUUAUGUGUCCCCCAUGCCCCCCAGGACGAAGUGGCGGUAGAGACAAGCAGCCCUCAGCCAAGCAAGAUGGACAGGCUGACGGAGAUCCUGAACAGCAUGAGGAACAACAGCAGCGAUGUGGACACCAAGCUCACCUCCUUCAUGGAGGAGGCACAGAACUCCACCAACUCUGAGGAGAUGCUGGGAGAGAUCGUGCAGACCAUCUACCAGAAGGCCGUGUCAGACCGCAGCUUCGCCUUCACGGCCGCCAAGCUCUGCGACAAGAUGGCCCUCUUCAUGGUCGAGGGGACCAAGUUCCGGAGCCUGCUCCUCAACAUGCUCCAGAAGGACUUCACUGUGCGUGAGGAGCUGCAGCAACAGGAUGUGGAGCGCUGGCUGGGCUUCAUCACCUUCCUGUGUGAGGUGUUCGGAACCAUGCGGAGCAGCACUGGCGAGCCCUUCCGAGUGCUGGUGUGCCCCAUCUACACGUGCCUCAGAGAGCUCUUGCAGUCUCAGGAUGUGAAGGAAGACGCAGUCCUCUGCUGUUCCAUGGAGCUACAAAGCACAGGCCGGCUGCUAGAGGAGCAGCUGCCAGAGAUGAUGACGGAGCUCCUAGCCAGCGCAAGAGAUAAGAUGCUGUGCCCCUCGGAGUCCAUGCUCACCCGGUCCCUGCUCCUGGAGGUCAUCGAGCUCCAUGCUAACAGCUGGAACCCUCUGACGCCCCCCAUCACGCAGUACUACAACAGGACCAUCCAGAAACUGACGGCCUGACAGCCGAGGGGGCCUGGCGGGCAGCCCAUGGGCAGCUGGGGCCCUGGUGCACAGGGCCAGAUGGACAGGCGAAAGGACAGGGGUGGCCCUGGUGGGAAAGAGAACUGAAAAGGGAGGCAGGUAGCCACGGUGGCCAGUUCUGGAGCCAGCGGAGGAGGGGAUCGGAUCCCUUAGAAGGGCUCCCCGUGCAGCCCCCCCCAAGCCUGCGCAUGUGACAGCUCACACCAAGGGAAAAGCAUGUCUCUUUGUCCUGGUGGUCACCCGCCCUUGCUCUCUUCUCCUCGGCUCCAGUCCUCCCAGCCCCCUACCUUCCAGCCCAUCCCCCACAGAGCUUUAUGGGAGUAAUCUCUGCCUCUCCUCACUGUCUACAGCUGCCUCUCAGCCUCCCACACCUCUGGCCACCGCUUGGGUCAGCCAGGACUGCUGAAGGCUGAAAAAGUGAGUCGAGACGGCUCUCAUUGUUCCCACGUGCUGUCAGCCACGGUCGCCAACUGGCAGCAGGCAGCGUGCAGCAGAUGUCUGGGAGGACAAAGGCAGGCACGGUCCCCACCAGCCGCCCAUAAUUGAUGGCCUUUGUCAGCCCCAGCGGAGCUUGGAGAGAGGCUUUUCUCCUCUAACCUCCGUGCUCCACCCUCCAACCCUCAGCCUCCAGCCCCGGGGCCCGCCGCUCCCCCAGGCAGAGAAGGGAGAGCCGGGGCUCACAGCUCAGCUUGAACCCUUUUAUUUUGUUUUUCAGAAGUCGGUUGCUUUGAAGUCUCUUUUCCUCAAUGAAAAUGCCCUAGAUUUUGUGAUCACAUAGUUCUUCCCUCAAGGAUCCCCCUGAUUAGUGAGAGAUCAAACCCUAACCCCCUCUGGAAAGAAUCUAGCCACUAGCAGCUUGCCAGUAGCCAGCUAGUAAUUGGAAACUUCUGGCCCAAUGGGGGUCCCCACUGGAAUCCUGUGUUCCUGGGCCCCUGUCCUGCAGUGCCUCUGUUCUGUCCACUGCUCGCUUCCAAAGGGCUGAUACUGUCCUCUGGACUGACUGCCUUAGGACCUGCCCUGGCCCCUGUUACAGCCAACAGGGCCAGGAACGAGGCUGGCAAAUUAAAACCAAAUGCAGGCCUUGUUCCAAGCUGUUGGAGGAAGAGCUCACUGCUGGCUUCACGGGUCCUGGAGCCUCCUCCAUGAUCCCUUGCCUCAUCCCAGGCAAGACCCACAAGCCCUACCUCCAAGCCUGCUGGGGAGAGGGGAAGUCGUUGGGUCCUGACUGGGACAGUUUGGUUAGGCGACCGCCACCAGGCAGACCACGACCAGGCAGACAGUUCUUCAGGCUAGAAACAAAGCUCGGGUGUCUUGGGAGACUCUGGUCCCAUGGAAGAGCCACUUCUAUAAUGGCUAGGGAGGAGGACGAGGCAGUCUUGCUGGGAUGACCGGUGGCUCCUCAGCCUCGUCUCUGGGAAGCCAGAACCCACACUUUGAUGAUUCCCCACCACCACCCAGAACAUGUGUCCAAGCCCAGUGGCUUCCUAGUUUGCCCUUUUCACUAGGCCUGGUCAUACCUGGACCAUGGUGGAGGCUCUUAACCAGUGGUUCUCAACCUGUGGGUCAUGACCCCCGUGUGGAAUCGAACCACCCUUUCACAAGGGUCACACAUCAGAUAUCCUGCGUAUCCAAGAGAUUUACGUUACGAUUCAUAACGGUAGCAAAAUUACAAUUAUGAAGUAGCAAACGAACAUAAUUUUGUGGUUGGGGGAGGGGGGUCACCACCGAAUGAGGAAGGGCAGGAGUGUUAAAGGGUCACAGUAUCGGGAAGGUUGAGAGGCACUGCUCUCUAGGCCUCCUAGUUGAAUUCGAGCUGUCUAGAGUGAAAAAGGGACGGUUUCUCCUAAUUGCCCCAAGUCUAGAAGAAUAGAAAGGGACCCGAGUGGGGGAGUUCCCGAGUUCUCUCUGGCUGUCUCCAGCUGAAGCGUUCCCGUCCCAAGAUGGGGCCUCUGAAGAGGACUGCUGGGAAAAAGAGGUCAUGGCCACCCCAGCUUGGAUCUCUUUCCUUUUCUUCCCAUUCUUUUCUCUGCUUCUUGCUGCCUUGUCUCCUACCCCAGCCCUUAGGCUGAGCCUGGAGCCCAGGGACGCUAUGAGCCUCACAGGAGGUGUUGAGGGACAGGCGGAAUGGCCAGAGAAGACACCAGAGAAAUCAUGCUCGUGUAGAGUCGGGCAGCCCAGGCCCACAGGCACCUGCUCCCUGCAGCCUCAGGGAGCCACACGAGUGCUUCCAUAGGCUGUUUCCCAGGUGUCUAUAGGGUGGUGUGUGGGGCGUGUGUGUGUGUGUGUGUGUGUGUGUGUGUGUGUGUGUGAACACAUGUAUGUAUAUUUGCAAAGAGUGAAGCAGGACCAUGAGGAAGAAAGAGACUGAUGGUGGGGACUCAAGCCACAGUAGAGAGGUCUCCUAGACUCGCUCACAGGGCUUGCAGAGUAGGCUCCACACAGUGGCUCCCAAACACUGUGUAGAAGUGCUAGUGUCCCCUAAAGAGGCAGAGACCAUGGCUUUGUGGGCACCGUGGGCCUAAUUCAGCUACUUCUUAAUGUCCUAUUGGAGGGUCUUGCCUCAAGAGCAUCCCCUCCUAGGGCCUUGAGGACCAGUAUGAAGAUGCAAGAUAUAAAUAUGUAUACAUAUAUAAAUAUAUUUUUAAUUACAUGUUAUGUCCCGGUGGCUCCAGACUUGCAGUUUGCCUAGUGUAUUCCAUUGUUCGAAACCACUUCCUGGUCCAUCCUGAUGUGACACUUCCAGCUGUCUGUCUGUCGCCCGUUUUAAAUGCAGAUCCCUGCUACUUUGUCAAACAUGGAAAGAAAACCUUUUUUUUUUUUUUUUAAUUUUUUUUUAAAGAGAUGACAGUAAAGCCUAAAAUCUAACAGACUGAGCACCUUCCUGUGGGAGACAACUCAAGCAGAAAGAGGGAGGACUUGCAGGCACCCACAAACCCUGACCUCCCCAGGACAGAGCCUCUCGUGCUGCCAGAGGAACGGCCUAUCAAAGCCCACCUGUGAUGAAUGAACCGGAGGCAAACCUCUCUCAGCCUUGUGCUGUCCUGUCUGGCUAUGAGGAUCUGAUAUUGAGCCUUUUUAAGCUCCCCUCUCUGUCAGGACAAGAGACACUUUUCCACUCAAGUGGCCUACAGGUCACUGUCCUCCUCAUGAGCUGGCCAUAUAUUGCCUACGCUCUGGGACCACAGCUCCUGUCGGGCUCUCAACCUCCCCUGGACAAGGCCAGGACCCUCACCACCAACCACCUCUUCUCCCCCCCCAAAACCAUCUUCAUCCAUGCAUCCUUCCUCAUCCAGUCUGUAAACCUUUACAGUUUGGGGAUCAUCUUGUCCAUUUGUGUAAAUGUAAAUGUUGACCCGAUUGGUAUUUAUUCUAAUUUUUAUUGUAUUUUAUUUUAUUUUGUCUGAGGGUGGGGGGUGGGAAGUAUACCACUGGUUGCAACCAGGGCAGCUGCAGGGAUGCAGCCCAGGCAGCAAGAGAAGCAGCUCCUUGGGGCCACUCUAGAUGGCAGCCUCUGAGUAGCCACAACCUAGGCUGUUACCUGGAAUCAGAAGCCAGACAGUGUUCAUUGUCCCAUACACUCAGGCCUGCCUAUGGCGUGAUGUCCCUCAGCUGCCUGGCACCGUGUUGGAAAACCUCUGACUGGGUCUUUGAGGAGGUGGGUUGGAGAGAAUAGAAUUCUCCUCUGCUCAGGACACUUGCCCCAGAAGAUCAAUCUGGAGCCUCACUGAGCCAGCUGGAAGCCUGACAACAGGACCUACCUCCCUGGAGCAGGGUCUGGAGAUUGCCGCCAAAGCUAUGGGCCAAUCCUGCUCGCACCAACCCCUUCCCUCCACCCUGUAUAACCUGCUUCCCAGCUGGACCCAAACUACAAGUGGGUUUAAAAAAAAAAAAUAAACGAUACCAAAAACCAAAA